AACCAUUCCCCGUUCUUCGGUUCGGUGUCUGGAUUGCCGUUCGCUAUCCAAAUAUCCAGGCUAGUACGGUCAAGUUGUAUAUGUGUAUGUGCGCGCAGGUGUCUCCCUCGCUCUUGAUUCUCGUUGUUGGGUUAUACGUAGUAGAGUAUUGCGUGUACAUAGGUGAACGGUGGCACGUGUAUGCAUGUGUUGGAGGUAUACACGCGUGUGCGUUUCCCGUUCCGCGAUUCGCGUAUCCCGAAAAGAUGGCCGCCAUGAAAGCGUACGGUUGUGAUGUUGACGUCGUUCACAGCAAGGCCGCGUCACGUCCUCGAAAAGCGUGAAAAGAAGGUGAUUAUUCGAAUGCUUCCACGACUCUCAUGGUGCUCUCUAACGAGAACGCGGUAUAGCGAGAAAGUAGUUGAUAAUUCGAAACGCGAGUGCGGUGUUCGUAGGAUCCCUCUCGCAGUGUUCGACGAAAACGACGAACAGAAGAGAGGAGAAAGAAGAGAGGGAGGACGAGCGAGGAACGUGCCCUGUAAGGGGUUGAAAGGAAUCUUAUGUGACAGAGAGAGGAGUGGACGAAUAGCCUGUCGAAGAGCGGAGGUAAGAAGAAAGGAAAGAAGAAAAAUAGGAAAGCGCGUGGAGAAUACAACAGGGUGAUACACGGAAGUUAGUGAUAGCUAGAGAAUCGCGGGUGGUUUAUGGUGUCGCGAGUGAAACAAAUGCGUGCGCGUCGUACGCGAACAAGCCUCUCUCUUGCCAACGAUAUCCCGGUCAACCUGUUUUUCGCAUUUCCUUUGGGCUGCCUUUUACGUGUGACUCGAAACAUUGUGUCAACGAGGGACGGCCAUAUUAAUCCGUAGCCCCCGCCGUCACACACAUAUUCCAACAAUCUUAACUCCUUGAGGUGGUCCCUCUAGUUUUACGAUAUUCGCUACAUUUUUGGUGCGUAUCCUAUGUUGCGACCAAUCUUCUCUUAACCGUGUCGUGUCGUGUCGUACCGUGCUGUGCUGUUCCGUGUAGUGUCGUGUCGUGUCGUGUUGUAUCGUAUCGUAUCGUGUCGUGCCUUGCCUUCUAGCACCGUACCGUACCGUACGUAUCGUGUCGUGAUUCCUCGACUACUUGGAUAUACGCGUGAGAUAAUGUUCAGAUUUUCGCCGGAUGACGGUGCGUGCACCUAGUGCAUGGACGGUGGUACUAGUGCGUACAAGGAAUAUAAACGACCGCCACUACGUGAGUUCUAUGCCACCCGAUGUUCAUGUAUCGUUCCGAAACAACUCAACGGUUCUCCACCACUGUGUCUAUCCAGUUUACCAGCAGUACCACCCUUCCUAAAUUCUCUACUAUCCGCAGAAUGGUAGUGGUACAGCAGGCGCUGGAAUUCGGUUGGUAGUGGCGCGUCCCGACUGUGGAGACCACCUGGUGAGAGGAGCAAGAGAAAACCCGGGAUAGCCGGGUGAAGCGAGAAAGAAAAGGAGGCGGAGGUGGUGGCGGUGGAGGAGGAGGAGGAGGAUAGAGGAACAACUUUACGGAGGGGACUGACAGUGACCAAACGAAAGAAAGAGAGGAAGAAAGUAGGCAGCGGGAAGGGGAAGGGAAAAGGAGAAGAAAGAGAUAGAAGGCUCGGUCUCGUGGAAGGACAUCGUCCACGGAUCUUCCGGUAAUUCAGGAUAUCGAACCUUGAAGCUGCGAAGGUCGCUGAUGUCCGCUACGAGCCCUGCCCCUACCCCUGCCAGCUCAGCGUCAUCCUCAGCUCAGAGCGGAGGAAGAAGGUCUUCGCUGCCAUCGACGCGGAGGAAAAUCCGGUCGCUCGUUAGCCUAGGCCUUGAUCGAAGAAGAAGGGAUAUCUUUUACCAGUGUCUCGACGACCACCACGCGUUCUCUCGACCGAAACUUCAGUAUCGCUGCUGCUGUAUCGCCGAUCAGCACGACCACCCCUCUGAAUGUCUUCGCACAUCCAAAAGUCGUGCGUGGUGAGGACACAGGGGCUUGAAGCGACAUUGAGUGACAGCAAAAAGAAGUACGGCGACAAGGUGAAUGCACUUCUGUCCGCCUGGGAGCAUGUCACCAAUUUCAUUCCUGGGGCAACGCCAGAGGCCACCCAGUCUCUCAUAGAAUGGGCUCACAAACACACGUUGAAAUUGGUACUGCGCGGGGAGUGGCCGAAGUUGUCACCCGCGACGAAGACGCACCUCAGUGUAACGUUACAGAGGUGCGCGUCACACCUGGUGCAACACCCCGCUGCACCCAGGUGCACUGCCCUGAUAGCUCUGGUGCACAAUCCAUGGACUCAUCCCGCUCUCGACAGCAUACUUAACGGCCAACCGGAUUCCGAACAUGAAGAGGAGUUCUGUUGUUCGGAGAAAGGUGAACUGCUGACAAUGAGGCUGAAAAUACUUUGCGAGGACCGCUGCGAGGACAUAGCGGUAAAACUCGCCGCUGCAUGCGUACGUUCUCUACGACGGAGCGAUCGGUUGCGCUCACUCUCGGAUUCUCAUCACGUUCAUUACAUGAUCGACGUCUAUAUCGUCCUCUUGUAUAAAUUGAAACGCACGCAAGAUAUAUUCGCUCAACUAAAAUUAAUGGACCUCAGCGACGGAUUGGAAUUGGUCCAACGUCUCAGUGGUGAAAGACCGACAAAGUAUGGAACUGCACGCGUUUGGAGAAAUUCGAUAAAAGCUGCCGAAUUGGUUGCACAAUAUCUCGUUACAGCUGGUAUGGUACGCCCUGUGCCGGAAACAGGCGCAAACGUUUUGGAACAAAUUCUAAACUCCUGGGCAUUGUUGCAUUCGAAAUUAAAAGACGUAGCACCUACGUUGCCGGGGAUGAUAAGGAAGUUAAUCGAACCCGCUGAGAGUGCUCAGCACAUUUAUAUCUUUUGCGCGGUACUUGUUAAGCAUUUUGGCGAUAGCAUAAAGCCCGUGGUAAUCGAAUUGUAUAUCAGGGCGUUGACCACGGAUAUGAACGAAUUGGAGAGUCAAAAAACAAAAUCCGAUACGGAGAAGGUUCGCGAGACUGCAAAGCGUCUGAGCACGCAAUUCCUCAAGUUAGCCGAUGUCGUUGGUAGCAAUAUCGGUAUUGCCCGAGAAUGCGUGUUGACAGCAUUUUCUCUGCAUCCUACCAGGGCUUGUUACGAUAGGAUCAAGGAAAUCGCUGUUGCUUGCGGAAAAACGAAAGAGGAUGGAACCUCCGGUGAUAACGUCACCGGCAAUGAGAAACUAAACCACAUCCUUGAGAAUAAUCAUUCUAACAUAGGAUUAAAAAAGAUCGAUAGCAAUGCCGGAGAAAAGAACGGAACAAAAGUGACGAAUACGGAUUCGUCUUCGUCUUUAUGCAAUUCUUCGUUAUUUCCAGUGUCGCCGUCGUUGUCCAGUUCGAUCACGGGUAUAACAACACCAACGAAAAAGAAUAUCGACUUCCAAAACGGACAAGUAACCAAGAACUUUGAGCGAACGGAUCAACUAUUAAAGAGCCUUUUAACUCUGAAAAAGGGAGAUACGACGAACUCGGCAAGCGACAGGUGUCCUUUGCAUCCAAAGAGGGAUUCAUUAUCCAAUGGUCCACUCGGAGAGCUUUGCUUCAAUUGCGGAGAAUUUAUUGGGAACGAUAUCUCGAAGAGUAAGACUCCAGAAUCGAACAAUACGAACUCUAGAAAUGUGGAAAGAACGCUCGAUGCUUUAAUUCUGAUCAAAGGCGACGCUGUCACGGGUUCUGCGAAUUACGACGAAAAAUCCGUGCCAAAUCAAGUGCUAGACGCGGAAAAACUCGGUCUGUCGCCACAGCUUUGCGACGACUUGGCCGUGGUUUUGAGCAGUCCUCGUUACCACAUGCUUAGCUGGGUUUUGGAUUGGAAGGAGCUGAAAAGUCUGUGCGAGAGAUACUUGGAGAAUGCCGAGGAAAUGAGAAAUACCAACAAGGAGCUGAAAUACCUCAAUAUCGAUUAUUCGCAGUUUAAAGAUUGGCCCUCGGAAGAUGAUACCAAGGAUAUCUUUUUUGGAAUUGAAAAGGGAUACGAGCAAUGGGUGGAUUUACCUUCGGAUGGCUCGGAACAGUUUGGUAGCUUCCAGCCUGCUGGUAACUUCAAGAGGUCGUCGACGAGAAGAAGCCUCGAUGACGCUACCACUACCGAUUCGGAUAGCGGAAGUGUAUUACGAGUAAGGAGAACAGGGAGACAGAGAAAACUUCAUAGAUUAGAAUCUUCCGAAAGCGACUAUGACAGCACGGAACGUAAACCGAAACAUUUUAGGAAUAGGAUCAGUUCGAUCUCUGAUACUGACAGUAAUACGCAAGACAGUCAAACAGACAGCUUUGGCAGCGAUGGAUGCCGACUGGAGGUAAAGAAAAAGUCGAAUAAAUCGUCCAAUAAGGAGUCGAAUAAGAAACGUUCAAAAACUUCAAAAUUAACUGUUGAUUCCGUCUCGCAUUUUCAUAUGCUUGUUAAUGAAAACGUUCGACAUACAAACACGAACGAAGACGCGAGCGGUUCCGACGUAAGUGGCAACGAUAUUAUAACUUUAUUUUCUGCCGAUAUGGAUGAAAACAAACGUGAAACAAUAAAAGGUUCGACGUACACAGCAACCGCGCCAUUAAUACUUACAGAGAGAAGAAGCGACCCAGCGGUACUUAAAUCUUUGAGGAUGUUCAGGCCGCAAAAUUCGAAGAAAUCUGCGAGGAUUUCUCAGAUACUGCACAAGAAUCUUCUAAAUAAGAGUAAAGACAAUAAUAACUUAGAGAAUAAUACGAACAGUAUAACGAAAUUUGCUCCGAUGCUCAGCACGCUCAACCUGAACCCGAAGAUUGUAUUAACCAGAGCAGACGAGAUCGACAACAGACUGAUACGAUCGAAAAAGCAGCAACGAUUGAGUAGCGGUGAUAUUACGAGCGAACUGAUGAACAUUCAGAAGAAUAUGCCAUUCUCUCCGAACAAAAACGCAUUAUCCCCGUAUCAGAAACAAAAAGGAAAUGGAGCAGCCAUCACUGGUAAAACUGACUUAUCUCCUACCGGUGGACGGGACUUAAAUUCUAAAUCGAAUUUGGGCAAAAGAAAGUUUGAUAUUCUUGCGAAGGUUGUCAGGGAUUCGGAUAUCUUGGCAAAAAAUGUACCGGGUCUAAAUUCAUUGGAUAUGAUGGUACCGCCAAGAAUGCGACCCACCGUAAACGUCGUACAACUUUCAAGAAACAUUCCACAGAGUCCGAAUUCGGGCUCUAUCAACAGCGGAAAUACUCCCCCGCGGCCAAACAGAACUCCGAGCGUGGCUGGAAACAUUCAAUUACCCGGUACACCCUCUUCCGGGGGGCACGAUAGUGGUGUUGGCAUGAGUCCGGCCGGUCAAACCCCUCCUCCGAGAUCGUCGAUUCUUCCCGAUGUCGGUGAAGAAACGAAUCAACUACCCGAUAGUUCACCAACCUCUUCUACGACCACGAACGUUUCCGGUCAACUCGAGCCUGACUCGAGUCCUAGAACGGUGCCUAUUCGGCGAAAUCAACAGAGUCAGUCGCCCAAGAAAUCUCCGUCUCCUUGUUCCACGGUCACAACUACCACGACGACGAGCUCGGUAGUCGCCUCGACGACCAUCGCAUCGGAGCAGCUACAAAUCGUUUGUAAACCAGACGGUACAUACCAGUUGGCCUCUAUAAAUCCGAACGUAGUGUCUAAUCAGAGGAAUGUCCUCAAUCUGCAGAACAUCGACGAUGGAAACGUUGGUAAUUUUUCGCGGCAAAACCAAAGAGCCGAAAACGCAAACGCGAACAGGAGUACGUACGAGAGAUUAACGUCUGCAAAAGUGACGGCGCAGUCUGGACAAAACACCGGUUUGCCCAAAUUUCAGCAAGCUUUCGGCAAAACUAUAUAUACGCUUUCCACGGACACGUCGACGGGCGGCGUAACCGGCGCCUCAUCGGAAACGCACGUACAGACGGCAUCCCCGCAGAAGACGGCAAACCUAUCGAAAGCAGUACAAACAUCAGUACCUAAUGCACAACAAACGAACGCGUCUACAGGCAUAAACGUACAGUCCAUUGCAAACAUUCCAAAUACGUUACAAUUAUCCACUAGCAGGCAAAUCUUGAAUAUCGUCCAAAGCUCUGGAAAUAACGCAAACGUAGCGUCUAGUCCGAAUACGAAUCAAACGUUGACGCAGCUAGUACAAAGCGUUCAGAAUGCUUCGCCGGGUGUUAUAUACACGCACAAAAUUCCUGUUACUAUAUCCACUACAAAUCCGAGUCAACUGAACAUUAUACCGACUAUAUCGCAUUCGAAUUCGAUACCACCUGGAAGAACACCGGUGGUCAAGUUGAACAUUAUUCGUGCUCCUUUGAGGCAACCAAACAUUACCGGAGCUAUUCAAGCAGUUUUGGCCACGCCAAGAUUACAACAGCAACAGCAGCAGCAGCAGCAACAACAACAGCAGCAGCAACAACAACAACAGCCACCACCACAGCAACAACAACCAACAGUUAGGACAGACAGUUUACUUGGUUCUCCUAUAGAGGUACCGAAUCAAGUUAGCUCAACCACUUUAGAGCAAUUGAGAGAAUUCGAAAGCGUCCUGGAGCAAGUGAAAGAGAGGAGUACGAUUCAACCACAGUCUCAUCAAACGAUAUCCACCGCAGCCACUACCACCGUACAAACGCAAACUACUACGCAACAAACGCAAGCUACCAAACCACAGCAAGUUUCUGUGAGCGCUCUCACUCAACAGCUUUUGAUGCCGACGCAGCAAACCACCAACAACGAUUUUGCGAACAACGGCAACACAGUAAAUUUUCAACAGGACGUUUUCUCUCAGAAAGUUUCUCUAACUUACGUAAAUCAAAACGCAGGCUCCGUUGCCACGAAAACCCCAAAUUCGACUCCGGUCGUUGUUGUGACCAGCUACUGUCAACCGGCGGCUUCGCCCGCUCUCAGUGUUACUUCGCAAAGUUCUUCCAGUCCGUGCGUCACCCCGGCUCCGACGCCUGCACCAUCCGCUGGGAAAACGCCUCCCACUCCACCUUCGUCGAAAACGGUGAAAAAAACGGCGCCCAAGACGGUGAAAACCAGCGCGACGAACACGUCGAAGGCUUCACCAAUACCGAAGCCGCAACAAAAGCCACAGGAAGACGAACAGACCGCUCAAAGAAUCUACGCUAUAUUAGACGAGUAUGCAGAGCAAUUACGAAAUUCUCCUGAUCUGAACAAUAAACCCGCUCCGAGGAGAAGAUCAAAUCCACCAACGAAUCCGAGUCAAUCUUCGAAGAGGAAAAAGUCGAAUGCGAGCAAAACGAAACCUGGUGGUCAACAGAGUUCGGAACUUAGCCCGAGUACAGACGAUCUCGGAAGAACAAUGGGCAGCGAGGAUUCUUCGAGCGGCGUUGUUCACGUGCAAGACAGUCCUGCUGGUUUCUCCGCUCCGGAGGAACCAUCCAGUAACGUUGGAAACGUGACGGAUGCAACUGCCGAAAUUAGAAACCUGACGAACGAUUCGAACGACAGUGUGGAAUUAAACGUUAAAAGACGAAAUCUGAUUUUCGCGGAACCUGGUUCCGGGCAGUCGAGGGCGGUGAUCGUUCAGGAAGCUGUGCAGACUGGUUCCGUGAGCGUCAGCGAAGCUCUAGCUUCGGUAACGGGAAAGAUGGGAAGCACAGCUGUCUUGGUCCCUGGACCUAAUUACAUAUUACCGAUGAAUCUAGUGAAAGGUCAGCAAUUCACGAUAGUAUCCAGCGGAUCGAAACUUCUUGCAACGGUGCCCGCGACCGUACGAGCUACUGGAAACACCGGUGUAUCGAAUACUCUCGUACUUCAAUCCUUUUUGAAUCAAGCAGGGAAAAUAAUUUCGCAACCGGGGCAAGUCAAACAAGUUAAAAUACCAACGUUGCAGACUCUGUCAAGCAAUCAGACUCUGACCACGACGCAAAACGUUCAGGGUGCGUCGGUGGUUAUUCCUCAUAGUGGAAAUCAUGCUCAAUUUACGAGCGACGUAAGUACAGAGAAGAGUAACAUCAUCGGUGACUUGACUAUGACAAAAUCCGACACUGUGACUGGAGGAGUUACCGUUGAAUCCGCGACGAACACGAUCGUCGUGAACAAGAGCAAUUCUACGAUCGGUCUGAUACAGCGUAACUUGAACGAGCCGUCAGAAAAUCAACCGAUAUGCGGCGUGAUCACCAGCAACCCUAAUUUAACUCUUCAAGGCGCCAGACUGUUCAACUCCUCUAUACACAAACUGACGACGCCGGCGCUUAAGUCUGACAACGUAGUGUGUAUAACACCAACAGCUACGAUCGCCCAUAGUCCAGAAAAGAAGUCACCGCAAGAAAGUCAAAUGCAUAACGACAAACCUGUCUCCAUUCAAACGAGUGCAACGAUUGCUCUCGCUUUUGCCACUCAGUCCGAUGUUUCCUUGUUGAACGACGCUCAACAACAUCAGCAACAGCAACAACAACAACAAAAGGAUAUGAAGGAAAUAUCGACGGAAAUAAUCCCUGGUGCCAAGAUCAUCUCCCCGAAGACAGUCAAGAGAAAAAUCGACGACGCAAUGGGUAUGUCGGAGAACGUUCCGAAAACCUUGAUCACUUCCAACUCUGUCGUUUGUUCGAGCAAUGCCACACCGUUACAGAGUAACGAAAAGAUUGACUCUAUGUCCACGAUAACGGUUGCGAGUAAACAGUCUGGUGGAAUCGACCACGCGACGCAGUUCCUGGUAACUGGUGGACCAAGUAGUUCGGAUAGUCAAGAAUCUGCUGUUCAGCAGUCUGCCGAUGGUAUCGAGGUAUCGUGCAAGAUCGGAAACGGCUUACUAUAUGGAAACGCGCGAUUGCAAGAAGCUUGGGAACCAGAGGGUAAAGUGUCGCCCGAUACACCUUGGCGAUACGUUCCUACGUCAGCGAAUUCUUUAAAUAUCGAACCUUUGAAUUCAAGAUACUCAGAUAAUUCAGAGAACGUUCAAAGCGUUCUGCAGAUCAUCAAUAAAGGUCAAGGUAUCGAGAUGGCGAGUGGACAAAUCUAUCAAACGAACACGAAAAAGUACUUUAUGAAUCAUACGUUAGAACCAUUCCAGCAAUACUCGAAUAAGAGCAACAUGAUGAAAACGCCGUUAAAUCCUAGAUUAGAUCGAGAAUUGUUACAACAAAAGAUGGAGAGGAAAGCAGCCGCGAUAGAACGCGAGAUGAAGCUACAGAAAAGUUUAUCGGAGGAGUGCGAAGACUUGGGCGUGGAUGAACCGAGCACCAGUGACUUGUUCCCAGAGGCAGAUUUGUUGUUCGAUACGAAUCAUUCGCCAUCUUUCGAUCAUUCUUCUCAGGACGCAUCCUGCAGUCAACCGCUGGGUAUGAAAUCUUACGGUGGUUCCUACUUUCGUUCAUUAGAUUCGUCAAGCGGUAGCAGAGACGCCAGUCCCGUUGCCGAUUUUAAGCUGAACGAACGUAGAAAAAGUAGCAGCCAGCGAACCAGAUCCGCGAAAGAUUCUUUGAAGAAAUUGAAAAGAGACAAGAUAGAUGAUCUACAUUUAGAAAAUCCGUCGAAACACUUGCGGCUAACCUUGGAUAAUUUAAGUCAGGACGAAGCAUCGAAUAGUAAUUCUGAUAUUUCGAGAUUAUCGCCGACGAAUCUGGGAUCGUUGGAAAACGAUUCGUUGAAGGAUACGGGUCGGACAAAAAUGAUGUCAAGAAAUGGUUCGAAGGAAGGUUCGCCAAGUAGCGUAUCGAGCAUUCCAUCAAACAUGAAAUUGGAUAUCGACUUGGAUUCGGAAUCGCUACCCCCAAGCAUCAAUGUAAAUAAUACCUCGGCAGCAAGCUCGGGGGACGAAAGCUUAACCUUGCUGAGCGGUAACACCGCCGAUGUCACGAUACCUUCACCACUCUCGCCGAUCGCUGGUCCCAUGCUAUCGACGCACAAGUAUACCUAUACCAAUAAGAAGCGAAUUCCGUCGAAGGUGACGAGGAUGGAUUACCUUUCUUGGGAGAGUCCAAUGUCCGAGAGAAUGAGAUCGAGCAGCGACGAAGAGGAUUCUAGUAUAAGCGAGUCGAUCAGCAGUCAACCAGAAGACAACGCUCUGAGCAACGGACUCGAGGAUAGUGUACAAAGUCUCAAAUCUCUGUCGAACGAGCGACGCUGCAAUUAUCUAAAAAAAAAGGAUAAGUUACAGGUGAAUUCAAGAGUAGUAUUGAAUCGAGCGGAUCAUAAAAGUAGUCUGUCGAAACGUACCAAGCUGAACGAGUCGAUUCAAGAUUCGGUCAUGGUUUCCAGUGAUAAGGCCUCUGAGGCCUCGGACGACGAAACGAGCAAUAUCGCUUUGGUCGAGCCGGGCUGUCGAGCCAGACGAUCCAGUUUACGUGGACACGUUAAGAAGGGAUGUGCCUGUUGCAACGGAUCGCCGGAAAGACCCAAAAAGAAAUCGGUCAAGCCCGAACAUUCGAAAUUAAAGAAGCGACUGCCCUCGAAACAGGCUGGAAAGAAAAGGUAGUCCUAGCGUUCGAACGCUCGACGGAGCAUCGCGUGUUCAAUCCUAAUAGUGUAUGCUCAUGCCUGGCGACACAUGUCCAGUGACAAAGGAGCUUCCAAAUGUAUGGGCGUCGUACUCGUACUUCUCGCUACGAGAACGACACAAAACCUAUAACUGACAGCCGGAAAGCGCAUCGAAGGGAAACCAAAUCGCGUAUAUAAUUCGCUCGGAUCGGAUGAUGAGGUACACAAACUACAAAUUUGUAUAUAAUAUAUUAGCGAAUACGGGAGUUGUUAGAGACAAACUUUUAUCAUACACCGAUAACUCGGAGUGCGUCAGUUCUCGAUACAGCGUAAACACUGAUCCCGUUUCAUCUAUGAGAGAGCAAAGAAAGGAGCAUAGAAAGAGCGAAAGAGGGAGAGAGAGAUAACGAGCGAACAGUUUAUUAGCGAUUCUCGAGGUAUAGGGCAUCCUCUUACCACUAAAUGUUAUUAUGAUAACUAGAUGUAAGAUGCAAAUUAUAAUGAAUGGCAGACUUAAAGUAAAUCAUUAAGGAUAUUAGAGACGCAAUCUAGUCAAAAGAUAAAGAAAUUCGUUGCGAGAAGUAGGCGUGAAUGCGCGAAAUAGUGUGAGCGCGAAAAAAAAAGCGUAAAUGAAAAAAUAGCGGAGGAUAACACGAGUAAGAGGAGAGAGAGCGAGAGAGUGAGCGAGAGAGAGAGAGAGAGAGAGAGAGAGAAAUAAGCGUAUCCGACUGUCGAUAGAUCCCUCGCAGACUAAAGAAUUUAUAAUUAAAAGCCUGAAUUUAUAACUCUGUCUACUGUAUCUAUCAUGACGAUACUAUUCCACGUUCUUCUACAUGGUGUGGUCAGACUGAAUAGACGAAUUAAUCUAUAGAUCUCGGUAAAUUAAUGUAGUAAAACAUGCAUUUUGAACUUUUUGCCUUUCCGCGUAAUGCUUCUCGAUAACUUAGAACCUUCACUUUAUAAUCGAGAUGAUUCUUGUAAAUUGUAGUGUCAUACCUUUGUGCAAGGGAAUAGUGACGAAAUGGUUAAAUGGAUGAGUAAUAAUAAAAAAAGAAAAAAACCAAAUAAAGGUAAACGUAUUUAAAAGAAGAUAUCGAGAAGGAGAGAUGAUAGAGAAAAGAGACGAGAAAAUAUAUAUAACUAAGGAGAGUAACCUUGUGUGUCGUACAGGCCGACCAUACCUUGUCACGGUGCAUGUAAAAAGUACCCAAAACACUGUACAUUACGUAGAUAAUUCAUUAAAAGUAUAGUAUUAUAUCGCUGCACUUUAGUACAAAAUCGCUUCACCUUGUUUCAGAAUGACAAGUUUAUAUCAUCUUUCGGUGUGCUGUCGUGACGCGUGAAUGCCUGCAACAUAUUAUAAAACUAUAAGCAAAGAUAACACUUGUAAAGGUUGUGUAAUUAAGCUACGAAACACUGAUUAAUUUCCGUACGUUUCUUUCGCGCCUUCCUCAUAGUGUGAUUGGAGGUUUGUCCGCGUAAAGGCUAAUAAAACUCGUUAAUCGAGGCGUUUAAUGUAUUAUCUCUGGCGCAUAAACUAAGAGUUAAGGAUGUUGAAAAGUAAUGUUCCUGUGAAUAGUCUCCUUUCGUGAUACGAACCAAAGUGAUUCCGUUUAGAAGCAAAAGAUGGAAGAAAAUAAAUGAUAAACAGAAAUAACCUUAAAGAAGAAAGAAAAAGAUAAAAUGAGAGAGAAAUGAAGUACGAGAUAUAAGCGUAUUAAAUUUAUUAUCUUUCUUAUAAUCUCAUGUAAAUUGUUAUAUUAGUUGCUUCGAUCGUAAGAUAAAGUAUCUUCUUCGUUUUUCCAUUCUGUCAACGAUUAGUAAAACUCUACCUCGUGCACGCGUCGAUCAUUUUUCAUAAUUCUCAUCAUGUUUUUAAGCAAUUUCUAUACACUUCGCCCGCUGUAACUUGAACGAUUUUAAAUAAUAUCUUUCACUUUGAAUCGCAUGAAUAAGUGGGUGGAGGUGGAGGUGAGGGUAAUAUAGACAAUCUGUAAUUGCUGCUCCUAACAUUUAAAUUAUUUUUAUCGGAAAAUAAUUUAUGUUUAAACAAUGUCGUAUCAUUAACAAUAACAGAAUGCGUACAAAAUCCAGGUCUAAAGCCCGAUGUUUUAGCCAUUAACGAUAUGUUUCAUUAGACGCUCUAUGAAUUCAACCGCUUCUCUGAGUUUACUUGUCUAUCUUAUUCCAUUUUAAUCGUCCAACACCUUCUUGUAAAUAAUGUACAUUUCAUACUUUCCAAAUCCCUUUUCAAUCGUUCAACGAAUAAUCCCACAACAAAUUUCAGCGUAAUCCGACGAGUUUUCAGCGGGGCGAGCCAAGGAAAAAAAAUGUCAAGUUAAUGUUAUCGUGUAAACGUAAGCUCUUAUCUUCCUAUAAAGCUAAAGCGAUGUAAGAAAAGGAAAGACACGAAGGAAAGGAAUGGAAAUGAAAUUACGGAAAGAAUCGGACGUACGGACAACAAAUAGACACGGACAGAUGGAGACGUUGAGAAGAUGCAUCUUUGUGAGUAUGUGUAAAUUUUGGAAAAACGUCACACCAAAAUAAUACGUAUUUUUCGAUGGGAAGGAAGAAAAACAUAUUACAUGUAGCUUAUACGUUAAAGCAAAACAAGCGAGAAACAGACAGAAUGAAUGUGCAUGUACGUAUGAGUGAAUGAAUGGAAGAGAAAAAACGAGGAAGAAAAUACGAUUGUCAGUGAUAGCCUGGCCUUUUUCGCCACCUUUAGUCGUACCAAUCGCAUUUAUAAUAGAGGGGUAACUGUAGUCUUCGUAAAAAGAACUCAUGAAUGGACUUAAAUAAAAAAACAAAAAAACGAAAAACUAGAAGAAACACUUAAGGAUAAGCAAAGUUUUCCAGAGCCGAGAGCUUUUCAGGUACUUAAAAAAAGAAGGAAAAAAAAGAAGAAGGAAGGACAAAAAAGCAAACGAACAGGAAGGAAGAAAGAGGAGGUAUAGUAAAAAAGACAGGAGAGAAGAAACUAAAUGUAGAAAGAAACAAAACCGCUUUACACUGGCCGUUAAGUGAUUAACUUAAGAGUUUUUGUAUCGUACGUUUAUUAAGACUACUGUUUUUUCUCACUCGAACCACCCCUUACUACCAGUAUUCGAAAGGACGAUGUUUGCCGCGUCACUUUGAUAUCUGUAAACAGCAACGUGAGAAAAUAAUGUAGGGAAAAGAGGAGAAGCAUUAUAAAAAAAAAAAAAAAAAAAAAAAAAUAAGGAAAAAAUAAAUAAGUAACCGAUAAUUCUAGAGAGUGGAAAUGGAGAAAUUGGCGAAAGAGCGAAAAAGGGAGAGAGGCAGAGAGAAUACGUAUAAACGAAACGGCCGUGCACUGCAAAACGUACAUUGAUUAAAAUACGUAUUGUCGUUUAGCACAAAUCAGUUGAAAAUCGAGAGAUUAAGUAAUUACAAAAAUGAUGAACGAAACCGAUGAGAGACGGGAAGCCAGAUAAACCGAGGACGAAGUUGUUAAAAAAAAAAACGAGAAAAAUCAGAAAAAAAAAACGAAAAAAGAAAA